AAGGAAAAGGAAAGGGCUAAAGGCCUAAAGGCAUUCAAAGGUGAGCGAAAAGUAUAAGAGGCAGAAGAAGUAGACAAAACGGUGCCGUUUUAGCUGGGUCGAAGAAGGGACUCCAAGGAGAAAGCAUCAAAAGAGCAAGAAGAAGAAGAGUGGCUCCGCUGAGCUGAGAGAGCAAGCAUUUCAAAUGGAGUUCAGAGCUCGAAACUACAUCGCAGAAGAACAAUCCCACGCGCUUCCUCGAUCACGCGCCGCUAUCCACCCUCUCUCUUCCCCUUCUCCUCCGACUCACCUCCGCCAGGUUGAUGAUAACGUCGAAAAUCGAAAUAACGAGGAGUUCUUCGAUCCGCUUAGAGCACCUGAUUCUAACGCACCGGUUAAAAUCGUCGAUGGACGAGAUUCUGAGAGUAGUUCGUAUGGAAACGACGAUUCUGCUCAAGUUCAAAUGAAAGAAUGGACCUCAUUUAAGAGAUUCUUAAUGCAGAGAUUUCCUGUUUCCAAAAUGAUUUCAAUUUCUUCUAUGUCCAAUAUGAUAGUGAGAGGUGGAAAAGCAUAUGAGAAGUAUUCAACCAGCAUGCAUAUGGAAGAACUGGAUGAUCCACAAAAAUCUUCAGAAGAGGGUGCCAAAGUUAUCACAUGGCGGGAAUAUGUAUCACGAUUACAUGAACUGAAAGAAGAAAUAAAUGGUGCUUGGCACAAUGAAGAUCGUGUAAAAUCUUUGAAGUUGUCUAUAAAGGUUGCCAGACUUCUAAUGGAUACAUCAGUUUCAAAUUUUUAUCCAACAUUGUUUGUCCUUACUACAGAUGUAUUGGACAUGGUUGGGAACGUGGUAUGGGAACGCAUCAGGCAAAAAGCUGAGUUUGCUGAAGAUGGAACCAAAUUUUGCUCCUUACCAGAGAAUUUCAGAGCAAGUGAUGUUUGUAUUGAUGCCAAAGAAACUUGCUAUAAUUGGUUUUGCAAGGUUGGUUCCAUCCGAGAACUUCUUCCACGCAUUUAUUUGGAGCUUGCUAUUUUGCCUUGCUGGCGUUUUCUGACUGAACAACCAGCAGAGUCUCUUCAGCGCCUUGUUAUGAUGACAAGAGGGUUAGCAGAUCCAUUAGCAUCUGCCUAUUGUCGCCUGUAUAUUGCCCAUCGUGCACAGAAGUUGCCCUUCUAUGAUACAGGAUAUCUAAUUACAUGUGUUAAUGACAUCAAACUUAUAUUUACACAAAUAUCAUCAGCAAAGGAAACCGCACAUGGCUGUUUGGCUGACAGCAAAAGCUCACUUGUCAGUCUGAUGGAACCAGCUAUUGAGUUUAUUAUGAAAUGCAUAUUCAAUGAUGCAUCUCUGAUGCGGGUGGGCAAAGUACUUGUGGAGCUUGGAAUAGGGAGAAGUCAGGAGGAAUUGUUUGGUGGUUCAUCAUGUGUCUCAAUUGUUCUUCAUCAUUUACUGAAGGAACUUCCGACUGAUGUCGUCAGCUCUCAUGCUGUGGAUAUCCUUCAUCUUAUUAAGUGCAGCAAUGAUUACUCCUAUGAUCAGUGUUUGAAUUACAGAUUGCUUGGGCUUAGGCUGUGUGAACAGAUAUCUCAAAUUGGCUCCGUAGAUGAUAUUGUCAAUGAAGUUAUUCUGGUGGUUUCUCAAUGUGGGCUUGAUGAGUACCUGAAGGUUAUAGAUGCUUAUCUUGAUAUUGUUCUUCAAAAUCAGAUGGAUGGCCAUCUAAAGACUAUUUUGGAAGGGAUUUCAGAGUUAGCAUGUGAUCAAGUGAUUGCUGAAGAUGAACUAGCAGGCUUGCAAUCCAUCUUGGUGAAGGUUCUUUCUCAUUUUGAGGACUUGGAAGAUGUGUUUUCUUUGAACCAUUUCCUUCAGAUCUUAGAUUUGAUGCAUGGGAGCUCUCGUAGCAUUGUCAAUAUGCAUAUACUUGAUAUGGCUACAAGGAAUGGUUAUGUACGUGAUCCAACAUCCAUACAGUUAAUUUUUGAAAUUUCACAGGAAUUACAUAAUGAUAUUGAUAUUGCAAACAAGAAAAAUGAUGAUAACCAACAGCAAGCACGGCUGAUUUCCCACUUUGUCCGUAUGGUAGACCAUGGGACAGAGUAUGAACAGCAUUUAGCAUUUCUCGUGGAAUGUCGUGGGGCCUUUAGCAGCAUAAUUGAACUUAAGGAAAUUCUUGUUCAUUCUAGCAAUUUUUUAGCAACUAAAGCUCUUAAAGAUGGUAAAAAGCAUCUCAGUUUUGUAAAGUCCUGCAUGGCAUUUAGUGAAGUCACAAUUCCUUCUAUUUCGGGUCACAUCAAGCAAUUACAUCUUUAUCUUGAGACCGCUGAGGUUGCACUGUUAGGUGGUUUAGUUUCUCAUUCUGAUGGACUGAUAGAUUCAGCACUUGACUGUUUACAGAGUUUUGAUCGGAUGGAAGGCUCUCGAGCAGCAGUUGACUCUGAUGGGAUACUUUCCUCCAUUCGAAAAUUAUGCAGCCUCUUAAUCAUGGUUCCAGAUAAUCCUGAAGUAGGAAUUUUGCAUAUUCCAAAGAGCAUAUUAUCGAUCAUUCAUUCCCAGUCAUGGUCACCAAGAAUGAAGACGAGAAUAUUCUGUGCAAUAGUUUCCUUAUCAGCCACACUUUCUCAAGGGAGGCUCCCAUAUCACGCAUUUCAUCCUGAGGUUAUGGGCAACGAUUUGUUAUUCUUUGGCAAUUCAUCUUAUGUGCAUGAACUUAUCUCAUUGGCGGCAUCUGUUCUUGAAAAUCUUGUUGAUGUUAUUGAGCGAGAGCCUUCCCAGGCUGCCCGUGGAAACAUGUCGCUCGAAGCUUGCAACUGCAUAGUAUCAUCUUUCAAGAUAAACGAACAUGUAUUACUCGUCUGCUCGAAACUGAUAGAAAUUGCCAAAUUGUGUUUGAGUGCUAAGGACAAGUAUCUCAUCUCCACCAUUAGUUUUCUGGACAAGAACUUGCCUGCUGCGACUGCCGCAUCUUCUAUCACCGUCUGAUAUACUCUAAAAAAGCCGUCGAAACCUGUAAAUACACCAGAAAAUAUUCUUGGCAUUCUUUGAUUAUUAGUGCAGAUAGACCAGUUUAUAUCUGUAUUACCCGUCUGCUCGAAACUGCCAAAUUGUGUUUUAGUGCUUAUUACAAGUAGCUCUUCUAGGGACGUAAUUGAAUUAAAUCGAGCUAAUAUAGUGAGAAAUUUAGGCUCAAGUUUGAGCUUGAUUCAAAAUUCAUCUCGAGUUUUAUUGAGUUUUAAUUUUCAAGUUCGAGUUUGAAACAAAAUUAAGCAUUAAUUUCCUAAGCAAGAACUCGACUGCUACUUGAGUAUAAGUAUCAUUUGUACCACUAAUCUUAUUUCACCAUUAAUUUUUUGGAUAAAAACUCAGUUUCUUGGAUAAGAAUUUGUCUAAUACUUGAGC